AUGGAGACCGCGCCGCUGACUCUCGCUCACACCCAUGCCCGGAAUGCUGCCCUCGAGUCCCGCCGUCACAAUCCCGUUGCCGCCAGCGAGGAGCAUGAUCUGGCCGCAGCCGAGUUCGCAGCUGCAGCCCAGGAGACUUCGGACUCGGAAGCCUUGCGCGUGUUGAAUCUGUUGGAACAACAUCACAAGAAGCUGGGUCAACUGUUGAGGGCAGCUCAUGAGAAGCCGCCACCGAAAGAGAUCCCCAACCAGGCACAAGUUGGUAAUGUCGAAAAUGCGGUGCCCGCGCCAGAGCGGCAGAAGCAAGACCCCGACAGACCUCCUUCGCCAGAGGCCGCCGUCCACCCUCCACGGCUUCCCAGAGGCUUAAGGUCAAGCACUCGCGAGCUGUCUUCUUCCAUUGCGAGCAAUCUGGCUUCCGCAAGAGGCAUACCCAACAAUCGACAAAAACGACCUACCCCGAUUUCACCGCUGCUCUCGAAUCAACAUGCAGACGGACAUAAUGCUCAAGAUGAAGCAAGGAGCAGGCCUGCCCUCAGAACAAAUGCAGACACCAGUGACGCUCUCUCGUCCAUGUCCCGCCAGACAAAUCCUCGUCCAUCAUGGGCGCCUCCGAUAUCCCCCUCUCCAACAAAGUCAGAUGCGACAGAACAGCCAGAAGCCCAAAGCGCGGAUGCCCCGUUCCAGCAAUUCUACACAACUUUUGAGAGUCUCGUAUCGAAGCUCAGUGCACCGCUAGCAUUUGCGGGACUGCCUCUAACAAGCACGGCACCGUCUAAGCCUCCAUCUGCUCCCUCGCCGAGCUCUCCUAAAGCCCCAAAAGCUGUGUCCCGCCCGACGCCAGUAGCACCAUCAGUCGACUACUCCCAGCUCAUCUCGCGGGCGGCCUUGCGUGCGGUUUCCGGCACCGGCAACAGCACGUCUAACCCAUCGGAAUCAUUCUACUUCGUCCCUACCACGGGAGGCACACUUUCCUACGCCGAAAUCAUGUCCCGGGCCGAGCGCGAAGAAGCCCGUGCCGGUUUCCGUGGACAUGGUCAUCACCGCCAACCUUCUAAUCUCUCAAACAUCUCCGAGGACAGUUUCGUAGACGCACAGAGUACGAUACUACCCGCUCCGGCUAACGGACCGCCAAGCCGCUUUACCAGAGCCCGCGGGGGUGCUGAUGAGAUCAAAGUGAACGGCAAGACGAUGGAAGAACUCGCAUUAGAGAACCAAGCCCUCAAACACCUCUCUGACACUCUUUCCAGGAGAUUACACGUCUUUGAGAUGUCCGCUCAGACUUCCUCUGCAGCACUGGCGCAGAGCAUUCGCUCCCUUCACAACCGUUCGCCAAUGCUCUCUCCCGAAAACUCGCGUGGCAAGACCAUCAGCGGGAAGUUGGGACUAGACAGCGGCGGGAUACCCGGUAUCGGCAACAGUGGAGGAGUAGGAGGGGCGGGCGGCAAUCGUGACACGAUGCAACGCAGAAUAGCCGAACUGGAAGAAAUCCUUCGCAAGAGUGACGCAAGGGCAAGAAAACGGGAAGAAGAGAAUGUCAAGUUAAAAGAGACAAUCACAAAGUAUAGAGACAAAUGGGACAGUCUGAAGGCGGGAGCCAAAGCGAGAAGGGCACGCGAAAGGGCCGGUGGCAGGCCAGGCAACGGCGACAAGGUCGGCACUGCUGGUGAGGAGACGGCUACAGAAGGAGGCGAAGACGAGUCCGCCGCGGGAGGCUGA